AUGACGGGCCGCCGGAGGGAGCUGGACCAGCCCAGCCAGGUCGGCAGCAGCUUUGAGCUGGACCAGCCCAGCCAGGUCGGCAGCAGCUACGGGGCAGCGGUGCUCUGCGCGGUGGCCGGCUGUGACCACCGUGCGUGCCACGCAGGCCCCUUCCAGGUGGCCUACAUCGGUAUUGAUGCGAUUGAAGAAGAUGGCGGAUGUUUUGUGAGCGCAUGCGUGUCCUUGCCGAUGACGGCUGAUUGGAGCAAGCCGUGCUCUCAUUCUCGUCUUGAUAAGUGGGGCGAGCCGUGCUCUGCUCUUCAUGUUGGUGGGUACACUCCAUCCUGGGACGAAAUGGCACCUGUCUUUGUCGAAGGCGCACUUUACGUCAAUCUCGUGUACUAUCAGGAAGAUUAUCACAUUGUAAUUCUCAAGUAUGACCUGGUAUCUAACUGCUUAUCGCUGAUUGAUCCACCGUUGGCUGGGCCUUUCAAUCUCAAUGCCGCUAGCCUCAUGGCGAUGGAUGAUAACAGUUUGGGGUUUGCACAUGUGGAUAAGGUAACCCUCCAAUUGUGGUCAAGGCAGACGGGUUCCGACGGCAUUGCCUCAUGGACUCAGCGUUCUGUCAUCAAUCUUAAUAACCAUCUCCCCAUUCAAAAUCCCAAUGAAAGACUUAGACUGAUUGGAUCUGUGGAGGGCAGUGAUACCAUUUUCGUGACCAUGGGCCUUGACAUCUACGAGCUUAAUCUCAAGACAUUUCGGUGGAAGAAGCUGCAGAAGAGAGAAAAGCUUCUUGGUUUGAUUCCAUACAUGAGUUUCUACCAUCCACAAGGUAUAUUUGUAUCUAUGUGUCCUCUCAUUUGUGAUUCAGGAACAACUCUUAAGUGA